AUGGCCACUGUUGUGCAUUUGUGGGGUCUGGAUGGGAAACCAAGUAUAAUUUCUCCCGAAAGCAUUGCGCUCUUUUGGUUUUUGAACGAAAUGGAAACAAAAUCAGACAUCACAGUAGUCUUUUCUAAUAAUACAGAUCUAUCACCUAACCAGGAACUUCCUAUUCUCAAGAAUGGCACUAAGACGAUUUGCGGGUUUGCAAAUAUUGUAUCUGUUUUGGCUCCUACAAAAUCGGCUUUGGAAAGUGCGCUGUUGCAAUUUGCACAGGACCGCAUCGGAACGCUAACACAGUACCAACUGUAUCUGAAUAGAAACAAUUACGAUAAUUUUACUCGCAAGCUGUUUGCGUAUCUUUUGGAGUGGCCUAUGUGGUACAACACACCUCUGAAGUACAGAAGUCUUGCACGUCAACAUUGCGAAACGCUUGGGUAUUUUUCGCACCCAGACGACGCAGACCAUGUUGAAGAGCUUGGCGAAGACGACAUCGACGAUAUGGUACAAUCCAAGGCAUACAAACUCACCAAGGCGUCCAAGGCCCGCAAUCAAGAAUUGCUGAAAUCCGCCCGCUUCAAUCUUCAAUUUCUAAAUCGUUUGAGCGACCAGCUGCAGAGCUGGUUCGAGGCUCGCGACAAAAUGAGAUCUUCUUCGUCAUCUUCUACUGCGGCCACCCAAAUUGUGCCCGCAGACUUUUUACUGUGGGCGAAUCUACUCAUACAGCUGGAGCUUCCGGACGGCCAUUUGGUACGUGAGCAUCUCAACCGAGCGCUAGGAAGUGAAAAAGUCACAGAGAUCGAGAGCGAAUGUAAGAGACGGUCAGAAUAUCAAAAUAAAAUCCGUGUGAAUCUGAGGGAUCCUUCGUUCUCAGAACGCGGCAAUGCUGUAAUGAGUGCAUAUUACUCACUCUGCCGUCUGGCCGCUUUGUAG